GUCGUUCAUUGCUGGCGUACCUUUGAUUGUUGUUGGGUUUAGGUAUAUUUUAAAUAUCUUGUGAUAAUCCAUGCUCUCUCUCUCUCUCUAUUCCGUGUCAAGAAAAUGCGAACCAAUGAGAUCACACAUAGGGUAAAAGGCAAAGGUUAUUGGCAGGGGGGCGUAUGCCUUGCAUUUGCAGAUGAGGUCUUAUGCUGGCUCUAUGGGACGGUAAAGGAAAUUCGAGAGCUGCUGUUUCUUUAUUUAGUUUUAUCAAAUAUAUAUAUAUAUACGGAGUAUUUUUUUUAAAAUGCUCCGCAAAAAAAAAAAAAAAAGUUACUCCAAAUAUCACGAGCUAAAAGAAAGUUCAAUAUUCUUUCUUGACAUUUUUCCUCCGUUCGUCAUUGGGAAGUCCAAUAGAUUCUUGUAAGAGAAAUUCAUUUGAUGGGCGGAUAAAAUGGGUUCUCUUGAAACUGGGGUUCCAUUCCAGAAAGAUCCGCACCGCCAUUUCAUGCUUCGCUCAUCCUCAUCGUCAUCGUCUUCUUCUGGAGCAAGCAACAGCAGGCUUCAGAGGCUCAGAUCGAGAUGCACGAGGGCACUUCUGUUCAAGAAGAUUGACUAUCUCCAGUGGAUUUGCACCGUGGGGGUGUUCUUCUUCUUUGUCUUGCUGCUCCAGAUGCUUCUGCCUGGUUUCUUGGUUGAAAAAUCCCAAAAUUUCUCAAGUGGCAGUGGAGUUGGGUCUGGGGAUUUGGAGUUCUUGAAAGACCUGGGCGCUUUGGAUUUCGGGGAAGAUUUGAAGUUCGAGCCUUCCAAGAUUUUAGCCAGGUUCAAUGCCACUGCUGAGUCUAGGAGAGCAAUGGGGAUUCCCUACCCCAAACCCAAACUCGGAUUGGUUUUUGCUAAUAUGCUGGCUGAUCCAUAUCAAGUAAUGAUGCUUAACAUUGCGUUGUCUUUGAAGGAGAUAGGCUACGAGGUCGAGGUGCUUACACUUGAAGAUGGUCCUGUGCGUGCUGUAUGGCGAGAUGCGGGACUUCCAGUUAGCACUAUAGAAACUGAUGAGAAUGUGAAGACUAUCUACGUAGAUUGGCUUUCCUAUGAUGCCUUACUUUUGAGCUCACUUGAAGUUGCCAGAGUAUUAUCUUGCCUGAUGCAGGAACCUUUUAAGAAUGUACCUGUUAUAUGGACUAUCCAGGAACAUGUGCUUGCUUCUCACUUGAGACAGUAUAAGCCUGGUGGCCAGAACAUGCUUGUUGACCAUUGGAGAAAAGUAUUCAUCCGUGCCGAUGCUGUUGUGUUCCCAAAUUAUAUUCUGCCGAUAUUAUACUCAACCUGUGAUACUGGAAACUACUUUGUGAUUCCGGGAUCUACUAGUGAAGUAUGGGAAGCUGCUAAUUUUCUGGCAUCAAACACAGAUAGUUAUCGUGCUAAGAUGGGCUAUGGGUCAGAAGACUUCAUUAUUGUAAUUUUAGGAAGCCAACUUCUAUACAAAGGUCUGUGGCUUGAGCAAGCCCUCAUUUUACAGUCUCUGCAGCCAAUCUUACUUCACAUGGAAAAUGAUGGGAGUUCUAAAUCUCAUUUCAAAGUUAUUGUUUUAGCUGGAGGAUCAAAUAGUAAUUACACUAUGGCUGUGGAGACAAUUGCAUUGAACUUGAAAUACCCGACUGGAAUGGUGAAGCAUUUUGCUCCAGGUGAAGACACAGAAAGUAUCUUAAGUAUCGCUGAUGUGGUGAUAUAUGCUUCAUUCCGUGAAGAGCAAUCAUUUCCAAACACUUUGCUAAAAGCAAUGUGCUUUGGGAAACCUGUCGUAGCCCCAAAUAUAUCAAUUAUCAAGAAAAAUGUUGAUGACAGGGUGAAUGGCUUUCUCUAUCCAAAACAGAAUAUUAAAGUUUUACCUCAGAUAAUCUCACAAAUUGUCUCAAAUGGUAAACUGUCACUUCUUGCUCAAAAUGCUGCAUCUAUUGGAAAGCAAACAGCUAGGAACCUUAUGGUUUUGGAGAGUGUUGAAGGGUAUGCUUCACUUUUGGAACACGUUCUCAGGUAUACAUCUGGAGCUGCAAACAUACAGUCCGUGACAAAGAUUCCUCUCAAGUUCAAAUCAGAGUGGCAGUGGCAUCUGUUUGAAGGAGCAAUUGAUGUUGAUCAUUUCAAAAAUAGAACUUGGAGGUCCCAUAUGUCACUGAACAAGCUUGAAAACCAAUUGAAUCAUACCCAAGAGGAUAGUUCUGUGGCAUUGAAUGACACCUUUGUAUAUAGUAUUUGGGAGGAGGAAAAAUAUAUGCAGAUGACAAAUAGAGCGAAGAGAAGAGAAGAUGAUGAAUUGAAGGAUAGAAUGUUUCAAUAUCGAGGAACGUGGGAGGAAGUAUAUAAAAGUGCCAAAAGAGUUGACCGAUUGAGGAAUGAUUUGCAUGAGAGGGAUGAUGGGGAGCUUGAAAGGACAGGUCAAAGGUUGUGCAUUUACGAACCUUACUAUGGGGAAGGGACCUGGCCAUUUUUGCAACACACGUCACUGUACCGUGGACUUGGACUGUCUACUAAAGGACGGAGACCCGGCCAUGAUGACAUUGAUGCACCCUCUCGUCUUCCACUGCUAAAUAACCGCUAUUACCGAGAUAUCCUUAGCGAAUUUGGAGGCUUUUUUGCUCUUGCAAAUCGGAUUGAUCGCAUACACAAGAAUGCCUGGAUAGGUUUCCAAUCCUGGAGAUUGACAGCGAGAAAGGAAGCCUUGUCUAAGAUGGCAGAAACGUCAUUGUUGGAUGCAAUUGAGGAACGCAGAUAUGGUGACACUUUAUUCUUCUGGGCUUCUAUGGACAAGGAUCCAAGAAACCCACAGAAACUGAACUUCUGGUCAUUCUGUGAUACUAUUAAUGCAGGGCACUGCAAGUUUGCUUUCUUGGAGGCUAUGAAGAUGAUGUAUGGAAUUAAACAAAAUAUAAGCUGCCUUCCUCAAAUGCCAUCCGACGGAGACACAUGGUCAGUGAUGCAUAGCUGGGCAUUACCAACCAGAUCCUUUCUUGAGUUUGUAAUGUUUUCAAGAAUGUUUGUGGAUGCACUUGACUCACAGUACUACGACGAGCAUCACCAAAGUGGAUAUUGCUACCUGAGUGCAACUAAGGAUAAGCAUUGCUAUAGUAGGAUACUGGAGUUGCUUAUAAAUGUGUGGGCAUACCACAGCGGGAAAAGAAUGGUGUACGUGGACCCAAAGACAGGUGUGAUGGAAGAGCAGCACAAGGUGGAGGGACGGAGAGGGAAAAUGUGGGUGAAAUGGUUCCAGCACAGCACGGUGAAGAUGGUGGACGAAGAGCUGGCAGAGGUGUCCGAUAGUGGUGAUGAUGCCCCCAAAAAGCGGUGGCUAUGGCCAUCCACUGGAGAAGUGUUGUGGCAAGGAAUGUUGGAGAAAGAGAGGAACCAGAGGAAUAGGGAGAAGGAGAAGAGGAGGCAACAGAGCAGGGAUAAGAUCUCCAGGAUUAGGAACCGGACCCAUCAAAAGGUGAUUGGGAAAUACGUUAAGCCUCCGCCCGAGGAGGAGAAGCAGCAACAUACUAUUAUAAUUCCCAAAAACUCAACCCAAGAAGAAGAGUAGAAGAAGAAGAAGCUGCUGCUGCUUCUUCUUCUUCUGUACAGCAUCUGCUAUAGCAGCCAGCCAGCCAGCCAGCAUUCAGUUCUCUCACUGUCUAAAGAUAUAUAUAGAAUGAGAUUAGAUUAGCUCCUGCCUCAAUUUUCACUUGCAUUGUUAUUGAUUCCAUGUCACAAGGAUUGGCUAAAAAGUAUAGCCUGGGCCUGGUACACACACACAUUCAUUUAUUCAUUUGUCUUUUUGUUUCUUUAGCGAUUACAAAUAUUUUUAAGUAUUCAGAUUGUAUUUAAGAUUCAAUUUUAAUUAAGAUCAAAAUAUAAUUCAUGUUUAGCUAGAUAAAAUCAUACUUGAAAAACUACAACUGCGGCAAAUAUUAAAGUGAAAAAAACCAAUCUUGAAAAUAUUUGUAGUCUUCUUGCUUUGAAUUUCAGCCACGACCGCCGAAGGCAACGCAGCAACAAAGGUACUUAGCCUGCAGCACCGUCAAAAAAACAAAACUCAAAAUUUAUAAAAGAGAUGUAAACUGAUUGCGAGAAAGAUCAACAUGCAUUUACUGGUAGUCGGGUACAAUGAGAUUACAUAUCGAAUUGCAAGACCAUAGUACUAAUUAGUCACAUGAAUACUAAAUCUCUUUCCAACAAAAUAAAGAAAUGGUUACAAUAGAUGAAAUUCCUUGCUUCUAAAAAAUCUGCAAAAAUUGUAGAAAAAAUAUCAAACACAAAGAAAUGAAGAAACUAAUCCCUAGAAAUUUAAUUUUGGAAGAAGGCGUAUAAGAAAAGAAUGGUUGGCUAACCUGAGUUUAGGGGAGUGAUGAGAGCAGCCGUGCAAGGACGGUUCUUCUGCCUCUCCUCUUUUGUCUCCGUUCGAAGCUUUGUUAUCUAUGGCGGUUGUAAUCCAUCGACUGAAAACCAAGCCUCAUUUGCUGUGUCUGAAAGUUUGUCCGUAUAUUUGGCCAAGAAGCUGAUGAUAAGAAAUCGUUAGAAUCCACCUUCGCCUCUUGACCCUCUUUGAUUCAAUCCCGGUGUGAGAUGCGAGAAUCGCGGGAGAGAAUCGCUAAAAGCAAACCUAAUAAAUCGUUGCGAGAUCUUCAUUCGGAAUUGAGAGAGGAGACGACCUGCUCGGCCAAGACGCCGACGAUUUCCUCAGCCAAGACACCGGCGAUUUGCUCGGCCAAGACGCAGGCGAUUUGCCGGCCAAGACACCGACGAAAUUGAGAGGGGAGACCUAAUUGUGAGUAGCUUACCGCGAUUUGCUCGGUCAAGAUGCCGGCGAUUUGCUCGGCCAAGACGCCGACGAAAUUGAGAGAGGAGACCUAAUUGUGAGUAGCUUACCGCGAUUUGCUCGGCCAAGACGCCGACGAAAUUGAGAGAGGAGACCUAAUUGUGAGUAGCUUACCACGAUUUGCUCGGCCAACACGGCAAUUUUUAUUUACUCUACACCAGCAUAUUUGGGAAUAGCAGCCAUGCCUUAUCUUUUCGCAGG